UUUUACGAGAGGAUAAGUUGAGGGAACAUGGCGACGUCUAAUUUGCUAAAGAACAAAGGCUCCCUUCAGUUUGAAGAUAAAUGGGACCUGAUGCGCCCCAUAGUACUGAAGCUCCUGCGGCAGGAGUCCGUCACCAAACAACAGUGGUUUGACCUGUUCUCAGACGUCCAUGCUGUGUGCCUGUGGGACGACAAAGGUCCAGCUAAGAUCCAUCAGGCCCUCAAAGAGGACAUCUUAGAUUUCAUCAAACAAGCACAAGCACGGGUGCUGAGUCACCAGGAUGACACGGCGUUGCUGAAGGCGUACAUUGUGGAGUGGAGGAAGUUCUUCACACAGUGUGACAUUCUGCCCAAACCUUUCUGCCAGCUGGAGAUCACUUUGAUGGGUAAGCAAGGAAGCAACAAGAAGUCCAACAUGGAGGACAGCAUCGUCCGCAAGCUCAUGCUUGACACAUGGAACGAGUCCAUUUUCUCCAACAUUAAAAACAGGCUACAAGACAGUGCCAUGAAGCUCGUCCAUGCCGAGAGGCUGGGGGAGGCCUUUGACUCACAGCUGGUCAUCGGAGUGCGGGAGUCAUACGUAAACCUGUGCUCCAACCCCGACGACAAGCUGCAGAUCUACAGGGAUAACUUUGAAAAAGCGUAUAUGGAUUCUACUGAGAGGUUUUACAGAACACAAGCACCGGCCUACCUCCAGCAGAACGGCGUCCAAAACUACAUGAAAUAUGCUGAUUCGAAGCUGAGGGAAGAGGAGAAACGUGCCCUGCGGUACCUAGAGACGAGACGUGACUGCAACUCUGUACAAGCAUUAAUGGAGUGUUGCGUCAAUGCGCUAGUAACAUCGUUCAAGGAGACCAUCUUAGCCGAAUGUCCGGGCAUGAUCAAACGAAAUGAGACAGAGAGUGAGUACGGCAGGACUGUUCCCACCAAAGGCUCAGCCAGCUCAGAGUUGCACCUGAUGUUUUCUCUCAUGGACAAAGUGCCCAAUGGCAUCGAGCCCAUGCUGAAGGACCUAGAGGAGCACAUCAUGAGUGCUGGGCUGGCCGAUAUGGUAGCGUCGGCGGAGACGAUCACCUCUGACUCAGAGAAAUACGUGGAGCAGCUGCUCACCCUGUUUAACCGCUUCAGUCGACUGGUGAAAGAGGCCUUUCAGGAUGAUCCACGCUUCCUGACUGCUAGAGACAAAGCCUAUAAAGCGGUUGUGAAUGAUGCCACAAUAUUUAAAUUAGAGCUUCCCAUGAAACAGAAAGGGGUAGGGUUGAAAACUCAGCCUGAGUCCAAGUGUCCAGAGCUGCUAGCCAACUACUGUGACAUGCUCCUGAGGAAGACUCCACUCAGCAAGAAGCUCACCUCUGAAGAGAUCGAGGCCAAGCUCAAGGAAGUGCUUUUAGUCCUGAAGUAUGUCCAGAACAAAGAUGUUUUCAUGCGCUACCACAAAGCCCACCUGACCCGUCGGCUCAUCCUGGACAUCUCAGCCGACAGCGAGAUAGAGGAGAACAUGGUGGAGUGGCUCAGGGAAGUAGGAAUGCCAGCCGACUAUGUCAACAAGCUAGCGAGGAUGUUCCAAGACAUCAAGGUGUCAGAGGACCUCAACCAGUCCUUCAAAGAAAUGCAUAAACAUAACAAGCUUGCUUUACCAGCUGACUCGGUCAACAUAAAGAUCCUGAAUGCUGGAGCGUGGUCGAGGAGCAGCGAGAAGGUUUUUGUGUCUCUCCCUACGGAGCUGGAGGAUUUGAUACCCGAGGUAGAAGACUUCUAUAAGAAGAACCACAGUGGCAGGAAGCUUCACUGGCAUCACCUCAUGUCCAACGGCAUCAUAACGUUUAAGAACGAGGUGGGCCAGUAUGACCUGGAGGUGACCACCUUCCAGCUGGCGGUGCUGUUUGCCUGGAACCAGCGACCAAGGGAGCGGAUCAGCUUUGAAAACCUCAAAUUAGCCACUGAGCUGCCUGAUGCAGAGCUGCGACGCACUCUCUGGUCUCUGGUAGCAUUUCCCAAACUCAAGAGGCAGGUGUUGCUCUAUGACCCGGCAGUGUCUUCGCCAAAAGACUUUGCAGAAGGAACGUUAUUCUAUGUCAACCAGGAAUUUUCUCUCAUAAAAAAUUCCAAGGUUCAGAAAAGGGGGAAGAUCAACCUGAUCGGUCGGCUGCAGCUCACCACGGAGCGAAUGAGAGAGGAGGAGAACGAGGGCAUUGUCCAACUCAGGAUACUAAGAACACAGGAGGCCAUCAUCCAAAUAAUGAAGAUGAGGAAGCGCAUUAACAACGCUCAGCUGCAGACGGAGCUGGUGGAAAUCCUAAAGAACAUGUUUUUACCACAGAAGAAGAUGAUCAAGGAGCAGAUUGAGUGGCUGAUAGACCAUAAGUACAUAAAGCGGGAUGAGACGGAUAUAAACACCUUCAUCUACAUGGCAUAGCAGAGCACAUUAGGACGACUUGUUCUGACUUUGGUUUCAGUGGAUCAGGCCUGAUGGACACUAGAAUACUUCCAGGCUCCCCGUCCUUUAUUUAAAAAAACAAAAAAUCCUGUGCAGGGAGGAAUGAAUUUAAGACUGAGACCUAUUUAAAAAAAAAAUUCAACUUCCUGCCUUAAAGUUGUACAGACAUAAAACAAAAACAAAAAACAAAGACCAGUUGCAGUGGGAGUCUGCACCAAGUGAUCAUAAGUAUUUUUAGUUACGGCGGGGUUCCUCUGCCGUCCAGAUGAGGCUGUUAAUCUUUAAUGGUCUGCUUGUGAUGCAGUGGUGCAUCCACUAUAACACUCCUGCUCAGUGCUUGCACACUUCUGAAGGCAUGCUGACAGGAAACAGCCGAGGAACUCAAAGUACCUGCAGUCCAUUUUUAAUCCAUGCCAAAUCCACAUCAUCUGAACAUUGAAUAAAGCGCUGCCCGCAUCCCACAAAGGCUGCUAUAACCUGUUUAUGGCGGCGGCUCUGCAGUUAAAGUGAUCAAACACUUAAUCUGGACUUUGUGUGAAUAAAUAAACAAAACGAGAUAAGCACUUCACAGUUUGCAGGACUGAACCAGACAACAAUCUAAAGCCUGCUCCAGACUCCCUCAAGCCUCUGGCCCUGGGUAAAAAGCUAGAAUCCGAGUCCCUGCGACCAAAUGUACCCAGGAACAGAGGUGGGGGUGCCGGAGUGACGCCAGGAAGCCUGGGAGAGGAGGCUGAGGUCAGUAUUACACGUGGUAAAAACUACAAUUCAAAGCUAUAAGAAAGUGUACUGUGAGAUGUGAAUAAUGAAAUGAUGAAAUAAAC